GGAAUUUACAAUCAGUUCUGUUACAGUUUUUGGCUGUUAAACAUAACUUUUUUUUAUUGAGAAUAAAAAAAAUAUAUAAGAGAUUGAUCUUGUUCAUCUACACCAUUUCUCCAUUUAUUAUAGUGACAAACGUGUGUCUUUUCUGUCUCGUGACGAUCUUGCAAUCUUAAAAAUUUUUGAUGACUCAAAACGUGUGAUCUUAUCUCAAACAAAUUGAAGAUAAUAAGUUCAAAAAUAUCAGUGAAAUAUCCUUUUUUCGAUCGUUUUUUGAAAGAUCGGUGAUAUAAAAAAAGAGAGGAAAAAUAAAAACCUUGAAAAAAGUAUUACAGAGAAAAAAAAAAAGUGCAGUAUUUAACAAAAUAUAUAUAAAAUUUAUAUAUUUUGUAUCUAAAAUAAAAAUUUUGAAAAAAAAAACUCAAAAACCUACAAAAAAAAAUCCAAACUUGUCUCAAAAACAGCGAAUGUGCAAUUUGUUUUUACAAUCUUUCCGUUCGAGCUUUGACGAAAUAAGAUUUUUUCGUAAAAUUUUUAAUAAAAUUUAAGCAAAAUUCCACCCAUACGAGGAGAAUUUCUCUUUGUUUCCACAACGGAAGCAUUUAAAGGACCUAUGUCAAUACUAAGUGAUUUAGUCCUAAAUUUUAAUCGUAACGAUAUAUACGCAAGGACAAAAAACAAUUUACUAGCGAAUUGUAAUUCGUUUAUAACAUAACAGUUAAUUUUAUUUUUAAUCAAUUAAAACGAUUAAAAUUAGAAAGAAAAAUAAAUUAAUUAAUUCGUGUUUGAAUUAAAAAAAAUUAAUUAAAAAAUUAAAAAAAUUAAAUACAAACAAAAUUUGUUAAGAAAAAAUUCUAUAAAUUUUAUUCAAAAAAGAAAUAAAUCAACAUUCGACGAUUUUAUAAACUGCAGAGAGCAAAGAGAAAAAUGAUACUGAAAAUGAAUAAACCCGUGUUAAUAAUAGCGCUGCUAAUUUUAGGGGCUAUUGAUGCCCAAAGCCGAGCCAUCGAUGACCUAGACAAUAAUUCAAUUGAAGAUGAAAGGCCAAGGCCACGCAAUCCGGCACCGGAUGGCUUCCGCAAAGUCAGCAUGCCACCACCGCAAAUUCUCCAAAAGCUAGGACAACCAGUUGAGAUUGUGUGCGAAGUUGGUGGUACACCGGCUCCAACGAUACAAUGGAUUGCCGGACACGAUUCAUUGCCCGAAGUUGAUAGUUAUGAGUUGAAUUCAUUGAGUGAAUCUAGUCCCAGUGAAAUUGUUAAUGUACGAUCGGUAUAUGUCAUCGAUCAUAUUCUAAGCGAACCGAAAGUCUUUACUUGUGUUGGACGAUCAGGAUCGAAGAUAGUUUAUGGAUCAACUACUGUCUAUCCACCAACGGAGUCUAAGGAGUUGGUACACUUUGGGAAUAAGGCUUUGGCUAGGCCAAGGAAGCCAAUUAUCACUUUCAAUCAUGUGACGCAUAUUGAUUUCAUUGGAACGAAUAUUGUUUUGCCAUGCAAGGCCUAUGGAAGGCCACAUGCUGAGGUCUUCUGGAUGGGAAAGGAAGGUCUGAUUACGGAGCAGAGUAAUCGAUUCAAGAUUCUUGAAUCUGGAGAAUUAUUGAUAUCUAACCUCAAGUGGGAAGAUAUGGGAACGUACAAGUGUGUAGCUCGAAAUUCAGUGGGCAAAACUGUAGCGGAAACGUUCGUUUAUCCAUUACUUAGGGAUUAAGAACAAAAAACCUAAAUUCUAAGCAACAAUGAGAGCUAUAUUAUAAAAAAAAAAAAACGCCAUCUUUAAGAAAAAAAAGCCAGUUCUACUUAAAACCCUUAAAAAAAUCUUUAAAAAAUAUAAUUUUUUUUUGCGGAACUUAUGCUGACUAACUUUUAUUGAAGAGAGCGACUUUUUGUUUUAAGAGCACAACAACAACAACUAUCCCAACAAUUACCUACUACAACAACAACCAACUACUACUACAUUAUUACUAUUUUAUAUUUAUGUAAAAUCCCAAAAUUUUGUGAGUGUCUUAGUUUUAAGUUAAAAUAUUUUUUUUUUAUAAUUUAAUUUAACUAGAAGAAUCUCUAGAAAAAAUAGUAUUUUUUUUGUUUGUUUAAAAAUAAUUCAAAAAAACAUUUUCAGCAUUUAAGUUCUGAUUUUUCGUCAAAAAAAAAAAAAAAAAAUAA